GAACCCACAAAUGAUGGCCUUGAUUAAUCUGGUUCUCUCAUGCUUGCUAUAUGUCACUUUCUGUCCAGUGCAUUCGCAGCUAACUUCGUGUAAGGAUGCCUAUGUACAGGGUACAGAACCAAAGCUCCUCGAGGACCUAUACGGGGGACACUUAGUCGUUCUUUUGGCGGAUGUCUACACAUUCCAGAAGGAAGGAGACAUUGUUGGCUGGCAGCUAUACAACGCUUGCAACUGCAGUAGUUAUUACGUUGAUGUGUUCAGGCCAGUGCCAGUGUUUGAUAAUUCGAAUACCUUUGAUUUGGUUCAUUCCACAGAAGUUGCGGCACCAUGUGCUGGACAAAUGAACAUAGUGGAGUCUACACCAUUUAAGGUUCUUCCUGGUGAUCACAUCGGCUUUCACAGCGUUGGGAAGGAUGAUUAUGGGCUAUCACAUUCUAAAGAGUCAAACGAAAACCAAUGGCCAGUGCUGGCAGAAGGGAAAUAUAGCAGCGAUAUCACUGGAAGCAACAACAGGGUUGUUUUUGAUGCUUCUACCCAAGGGAGGCAAGUUGCUGUCAGAGCCAUUCUCAUUACCAAGGAUGCUGAUGCAGAGGAAAGUUGUCAUCUGUCUUUCCUCCAGCGGGAAUCGUCUACCAUAACUUCAGCGCCUUUUCAAACAAAUCCCUGCUACAGUGAGCUCGAGUGUGCCCGGUCCUGUACGCACAGCCUUGCUUGUACUGCAUUCCAGUUCGAUUCUGACAAGAAAACUUGUGACAUGUACCUCCCUGAGUUCACAGCGGUAACACAACAAAAUGUGACACAGACAUUGUCUGUAUUUACAGCAAACUGAGUUUGAUGGUUAGUCGUAGCCAGAUAUUGAAAGCAGCCUCUCUUGUUUUAAAAACUUGUUAAAUAUCGGUACAACUUUUAAAGGAUGUUGGCGCGCGAGUUUUACGAUAUAGAGCCGUAAACUAUUUUCAUUGGCUGGGAGAUGGCAAACACGGACCAAUGAUAUUUAACCGUACUCGAUCACGUAAGAAUGCUUGUUAACUCGAUAAUAAACUUAGUUGCUACCAAAGGAA